AUGUCAAAGUAUAAGAUAAGUAAUCAACUGAGGUGUGAACGAAAGAAAAUGGACGGAAGUAUGGAAACGAUCGAGCAGAAAUGUAUGAACUUCCUAUGUCAUAUGGACCACAAUAUCACCGACGCUGCAGGCAAGCCUGUCCUUGAUAUCAGUGACAGAGAAUUGAACAUGAUCUUCUCUGAGAUUCAUCAUUCCAAAGGUGAUAGAAUCACUGUGAUUUUGGAUUGUUCUUACAUGAAGGGUGCAUUGAGCAUAUCCCUAUAUGAUGGUACUAGGAAGUUCCAGUCCCUAUCCUCAAGCACGAUGCCUGCACGUAAGAUUCCUCAAGCUUCGGAUGAGAGCUUGAGUAUGAGGUUCCCUGAUCAUCCUUCCUUUCUUGUGCAGAAUUGGCAGCCAGAUAUGGCCUCCCAAGUUAUUCUUUCGGCCUGUAGCGACUUUCAACUUGCAUGGGAGGCAUCACGGACAGAUGGAACGAUAGGUGGUGUUUUCGCGCUGCACCUACUUGAAGCUUUUAGGGCUGCUAAAGCCACUAUGUGCGAAGAUCUCGGUCGUACAUUGGGUAUGCACUGUUCUCCCACAAACACCGGCAGCCGUGGGUGA